AUGUCUGUCCUUGGGGGGUUUUCCAAGGCCGAAGUGGGAUGGAUAGAUUGCCUCGAGGGUGUAGCUGGGUUUGGUAAAAAGGGCAAGGUGACUUCGAGGCCUAUAUUUAGGGAACCAUAUACCGGAGGAUUAGUCUAUAAUAGUCGCCUGUUCUUGGGUAUUCGACUGGAGGAGGUGAGGAGGUCGUCGAGAGAUGGUGAUGAGAAUGCGAUCGAGGACGGACGAUGGAGGAUGUGGAGGGAGGAUGAGGCUGGGUAUGUUUCCCGACAGGCUGUUCGCCGGAGCCGCUGUGUUGCGAGAUGA